AUGAUUAAGGCUUUCACUACGUUUGCGUGGGAGGGAAAGCCUGCCGACCAGUCCGGUGCCGAAUGGCGUCAAUACUAUGGACUCAACGAUAGAUUUCACUUAAUUGUGUCAAUACUUUCAUUGCAAUUGUGUUCACAACUGAUUCGUAGUGAAAGCGACGAUACCCAGUUACAAUUAUACCCGAUAGCCGUUACACUGAAAAGCGGUUCAAUUAAUGGCAAACGUAUUCAAUUUAACGGCAAAGAGUUGUCAGUGUUUUUAGGCAUCCCUUACGCCGAACCCCCGGUCGAAGGACUUCGGUUCCAGAAACCACUGCCUGUACGACACAUACCCGACCCCUACGACGCCAUUCAAUGGCCUAAGGCUUGUGUUCAUCAGAAACUACACCAAAACUACUUAAACCAAGAGAUGAGCGAAGACUGUCUAUACCUCAACAUAUGGUCACCUAAUACUACCGGUGCUCUUAAACCGGUUAUGUUUUGGAUACACGGCGGUGGUAUGAAAUGGGGGUCGUCCGUCGAAAAGUGGUAUUCCGGUCACGUGUUGGCAGCCAUGGGUGAUGUAGUUGUGGUCACAUUCAACUACCGGCUCAACGUAUUUGGUCUGUUAUAUACCGGUGCCAAACACACCGGCGCUCCCGGCAAUAUGGCUCUAUGGGAUCAGGCGCUGGCACUGGAGUGGGUGGUCGACAACAUAGCCUAUUUCGGUGGCGAUCCCAACAGUAUUACUAUGUUUGGCGAGAGCGCCGGUAGUAUAUCCACCAGUUUUCACAUACUGUCCCCAAUCACCAAAAACCUGUUCCGAAGGGUUAUUAUGAUGUCGGGCUCCGCCACUAACAACGUAUGUAAACCCGAGGCAUUAGAAAUUGUUUGGUAUAAUCGGGCCGUUAGUAUGGGUUGCGGUAAUAAUAAUGAAAAUUCGGGACAAUUUAGUAUAGAUGAUGAAGAUAUACAUGAAAACUUGACUGAGUUUACGCCCGAAAUGAUUGAGUGCAUACAGAAAGCACCGGUAGUUCGCUUGCAAAAUGCUUUGGAUUUGAGGCCCAGUGCUUGUGAUUUGGAUUUCCUAAUAGACGGACAGUUCGUACUUAAGAAUCCCAUCGAAACUCUUGCGUCGGGAGACUAUCGGCAAGACUUGGAUCUACUGAUAGGAACAGUAGAUAACGAGGGCAGUAUGUUUAUGGCACUAUUUGUUGACCCUGUUGCUUUUGACAAGUGGAAGCCACAUCCGAUUAGCUAUGACCAAGCUUAUAAUUAUGAGAUUGGGUUUAUAACCGCUUAUCAAGCGAUGAGAAGCAGCGACACUAGUCUUGACACAAAACUUAUAGCCGACCUAUACUUUAACGGACUGUCCAAUAAUACCGGUGCAGACAUACUGUUACAGACUAUCGGUCGCACGUUCGGUGACUACCUACUUGCGUGUCCGACCAAACUGUUUGCUAGGGGUAUCCAUAAGGGGAGUGAGACUUCCAGGGUAUUUGAGUACUACUUCAACGCUAAGUUUACAGCCGGCGCUCAACUAUUCUGUUCCGAUUGGAUGGGUGUCUGUCAUUUCGAUGACAUCUAUCCUGUGUUUGGUCUACCGUUUCAGGAGUACGAUAGAUAUGGACCUAAAGAAAGGGAGAUAUCGGGGGCAAUGAUUAAGGCUUUCACUACAUUUGCGUGGGAGGGAAAGCCUGCCGACCAGUCCGGUGCCGAAUGGCGUCAAUACUAUGGACUCAAUGAUAGAGUGAUUGCUCCUUAUUAUGAGUUCACUACUGAACCUAAACUUAAAACUAAUUUCGGACUCAAUGUUAAGUCUAUUGAAUGCGAAUACCUUUGGUAUAAAUAUUUGGAAACUUUUUGA